AUGGCAAAUUUUAAUUCAGUUAGAAGUGGUAAGAUGGAAAAAAGGUUCCCGGAUACCUCACAAACGGUGCCGAAUGACCGUGGUACCCGGCUUUCAAAUUCACUAAGAAGUGAUCUCAAGCGACCUACAGCUGAAAGCGAGCAGAUGGAAAAGGAAAUUAAUGAAUUCAAGCCGCCGCUAAAAGAAAAUAAACUAUCCGGUUAUCUCGAACGAUUUUGA